CCCACUUCGAAACGUUAAUUUAUCACGUGAAUAUUGUAAAAAAACUAUCAUUUAUUUCUUUGUGAACUAUCAUCAUUCAAGUGGUGAAGUAGUUAAAAUAAUUCAAUUAAUUGUAUAAAAAGUAUCAGUAAUAUAACAAAUAAUCAAAAUAAUUUGAAUUUAAUUUAUCGAAGAAAUUAUAAAGUGAAAAAGCGAAAUAGAUAAAAAUGACUGAGAAACUGUUGCAAAUGAUACUUUAUCACAAACAAUGAAAGAAAUUGCAAAAACGUCUCACAAACGAUAGUAAUUUUUAUCAUCUUUGAAGCUUGGAAAUUUCCUCUUCUUUUUCAAGAAAUAAUCUUUUAUAAUUCACGUAAAAAAUGACUGCCACUGAAGAAAGCCAGCCUUUAAUUCAACCAGCUCCAACUGCUUCAACAAGUUCAACCCAACGAAAUUAUAAUUCAAUAAGCAUUUGGGAAGCGAAAGGAGAACAAUUGUCAAAUACUCGUGAUGCAUCUUUGGAAAAUGUUUUACGAAUGGAACCGAUUGUUUCGUCGGGAUCGGAAGGUGAAAAAAUACUAGAGGUUCCUGAUAAAAUUACUUAUACGUGGAGUGAUGUGAAUGUUUAUACUACCACUCGAAGUACACGGGCAUGGGAACGUCUUUACCGCAGAAGAAAACCAGUUGAACAGAGGCACAUCCUGAAAGAUGUCUCAGGCGUGGCAUAUCCAGGAGAAUUAUUAAUAAUUAUGGGCUCAUCAGGAGCAGGAAAAACAACUUUAUUAAACGCUCUGACCUUUCAAUCUGGUCGAGGUCUAACGGUCUCUGGAAUGAUGGCUGCAAAUGGCCAAAGAGUGACGCCAAGUGUACUUACGUCGAGAACGGCAUACGUACAGCAGGAUGAUUUAUUCAUUGGUACUUUAACUGUCAAGGAGCAUUUACUCUUUCAAGCCAUGGUGCGAAUGGAUCGGCACAUUCCUUAUUAUCAAAGAGUUGAAAGAGUUAAUGAUGUUAUAUCAGAACUUGCUUUAACGAAAUGCCGAAAUACCAUUAUUGGAAUACCAGGUAGAGUUAAGGGACUUUCAGGAGGUGAAAGAAAAAGACUCGCUUUUGCUUCAGAAGUAUUGACAAAUCCUCCUUUGAUGUUUUGUGAUGAACCCACUUCAGGGCUUGAUUCGUUCAUGGCACAUCAGGUGGUUUCAGUGUUGAAAGAUUUAGCUGCUCAAGGCAAAACAAUCAUUGCUACUCUUCAUCAGCCUUCUUCUGAACUUUUUGCUCUUUUUGAUCGAAUACUUCUCAUGGCAGAAGGUCGAGUAGCAUUUAUGGGAACACCUGAACAAGCUUAUACUUUUUUUAAAUCGGUGGGUGCUGUAUGUCCAAGUAAUUACAAUCCAGCAGACUACUUUGUUCAAGUUUUGGCAGUAGUAGCAGGUAAAGAAGCUGAAUGUAGACAUACAAUAAAUGCAGUAUGUGAUGCAUUCCAACGUAGUGAUCAUGGAAUGAAAAUAGCACUGGAAGCUGAAGCUAUUCAGAAUGAAUUUACAGACUUGUUAAAAGAUAGAAAAUUUAAGGAUAAAAAUCCCUAUAAAGCUUCUUGGUGUGAACAGUUUCGUGCUGUUUUAUGGCGUUCCUGGCUGUCAGUUAUCAAAGAACCCAUCCUCAUCAAAGUUCGUUUACUUCAAACAUUUAUGGUUUCUCUUCUAAUUGGAGUUAUUUACUAUGGUCAAGUAUUAGAUCAAGACGGAGUAAUGAACAUUAAUGGUGCACUCUUUAUAUUCCUAACUAAUAUGACAUUCCAGAAUGUAUUUGCAGUUAUAACGGUUUUUUGUGCCGAGCUUCCGAUAUUUUUACGUGAACAUCGUAAUGGAAUGUACAGAACAGAGGUGUAUUUUAUUUGUAAAACUCUAGCAGAAACUCCAAUAUUCAUAGCCAUUCCUCUACUUUUUAUAUCCAUAGUUUAUCCCUUAAUUGGACUUUAUCCAGGUGCUGGUCAUUUUUUUAUAGCUGCUGGUGUCAUGAUACUUGUAGCAAACGUGGCCACUUCAUUUGGAUAUCUGAUCUCUUGUACAAGUACAAAUAUUUCAAUGGCUUUAUCUAUUGGUCCACCUGUUAUCAUUCCAUUUCUAUUGUUUGGAGGAUUCUUUCUAAAUACUGCCUCUGUACCGUCGUACUUCAAAUGGUUUUCGUACCUCUCCUGGUUUCGUUACGGCAAUGAGGCUUUGCUAAUAAAUCAGUGGUCUGAGGUCGAAACGAUUGCUUGCACACGUAGCAACGCAACCUGUCCCAAGAGUGGACAUAUGGUCCUGCAAACAUACAACUUCAACGAGAAUGACUUUACAUUAGACAUCGUCUGUCUUUUCUGUCUCAUCAUCAGUCUACGUCUGCUUGCAUUUCUCGCCUUGUUUUCCAAAACUCUCCGUCGACAUUAAGAAAAAUGUAUGCAGCUGAGAGCAUCAAAUUACAAUCUUACAUCUAAUUAAUCAUAAAUGUUUAAAUUAUAGCUUUUAUUAGUUGGUUUAAUUUGUAUUUUUAAAAACUGUAAAUAUCUAGACAAUUAUACC